AUGUUCAGAGUUCUCAAAGAGAUCUGUGAUGACAAAGAGAAGGUGAAAGAGCACGAGAUGGAGGCCUGGUCUGUCAUCAUGGGCUUCUGCAUGUCAUGUGCAGGCUCCUGUGAUUCCUGUGUGCAGGUGAACAUCUCCGGCACGGUGACCUCCAAAGGUGCGCGAGAGGCCUUGAACGAGAACCUCCAGAACUUCGCGGACGAUGUGAGUGCGAGCAGUGCCCUGGUGGGCGCUGACGGGAAGCUCCCGAAGCUGCCCAAGAAGAAAAAAAUCCUCACUGAAGAGGAGCAGGUGGACAAGCAAGUGCUUGUUCAGUUCAAGAAGAUGCUUGCGGACGAUGGAAAGUUGACCAGUGGAAUCUCUGAUCUGAAGUCUGUCCCGUACAGCUCCGAACUGGCCAAAUCGAUGCUGAAGCACAAGGUCACUUUGAAGAAAUGCAUCGAGGACUUCGAUACCAGCACCAAAGUGGACGGCGUCACCAUCCAGAUCAAGAAGGCUGCUCUGGAGGAAGCGCAGAGCAACAUGAAGCCUAUCUAUGUCGACCUCAAGGAGACCCACCGACGAAUCAAAGCAGCAGGCCUGGUCUCAAUUGCCGGGGUGUUUCGUGCAGGCUCUGCUGUAGGGUUUUACAUGGUGUUCCAACCGAGGGUCAAGGUUCUUCUAGUGGACAAGAAGAGGCUCCGGUCCGUCUACUCCUACUCGGAGGAUGACUUCAAGCGAUUAUUCCUUGGCAAAGACGGUGAAUGUCUCCGCUACUGGAAAAACAUGCAGAACACGGAGCAGCUCGAUCGGGAAAGGAUUUACCUUUUGUGGCGUACAGUGAUGACACCGAAUUGGAGAGAUGCAUCCCUCUUGAAUUUCAUGGGGAUGAUGCCGAUUCCCAUCGGCGGAGGCGAGCUCUUCAACCAUGACGCUCACGGACGGCCACACACACCACCGUAUCGCAACAUCAUGGGUGAAUACAAAGCCAUCUGGGUUGGCAUGAAAGGUGGGGACGUGAUCAAAGCCUCUUCAGAUGGAAACUCCACAAUGCUGUACACCUACACCGGCUGCAAUGCUCCACACCGAACCACGUUGCGCAAUUGCACAUGCAUCGGUGCAAUAGGACGUGAUCAGCAGGAACGACUCAGCAACGCCUAUGCGGAGUUCGCUGCGGAAUGCAGAGCAGAGAAGGCCAUGAAAGCCAAUCGGGCUACUGGCCAAUUCCCGACACUGGCACAGAAGCACCUGAGUGGGGCUGAGUCCAUAAUAUUGGUUCGGUGGCUGGCCGCGAAAUGCUGGGUUGUGGCUUCACAGACAAACAGCCACCACGAUCUGCUGCGAGCUGCUGUUUUUGUCGGGCUGGACCGACUUCGGUGCACUUUUGUUGAUGCAGGGCCUGUGCUGAGCACGCAAGAGCUGCUGCAAGCUGAAUUCUUCAACGACUUAUAUCAUUGUGCUUAUCUGGGAGCCGUGGUGUAA